AUGGCUGCCUCGACAAUCCCUCGUCUCUUCCAGCCAGUGAAGGUCGGCGAGCUGACGCUUGCUCAUCGUAUCGCGCUUGCGCCGCUCACGCGGUUCCGCCAUACCAAGACGGACCACAUCGCACUUCCGAUCGUGAAGGAGUACUACGCGCAGCGGGCGAGCACGCCUGGCACGCUCCUCAUCUCUGAGGCGACCCUCAACUCGCCGCAAGCAGGCGGGUACAUUCACGCACCGGGAAUCUGGAGCGACGAGCAAAUUAGCAAGUGGAAGGAGGUCACGGACGCCGUCCACGCUAAGGGCUCCUUCAUCUUCCUCCAACUAUGGGCGCUCGGCCGCACGGCGGUGACGAGCGAGCUGAAGGAGGAUGACCCGUCUUACGAGUACAUUGCACCAUCCGCGGUCCAGCUUACCGGCCACGACGAUAUUCCGCGCCCACUCUGUGUACCCGAGAUCAAGCAGUAUGUGCAGUGGUAUGCGAUCGCGGCGCGCAACGCAGUAGAGCGCGCAGGCUUCGACGGCGUCGAGAUCCACGGUGCAAAUGGCUAUCUCGUCGAUCAGUUUCUGCAAGACGUGUCAAACAAGCGGACGGACGAAUACGGCGGCUCGAUCGAGAAUCGCUCGCGCUUCGGUCUUGAGGUCACGGCCGCGGUUGUGCAAGCUGUCGGUGCGUCCAAGGUCGGCAUCCGGCUCAGCCCGUGGUCCAGGUUCCAAGACAUGCGCAUGAAGGACCCCGCCCCUCAGUUCACUCACUUCGUCACUGAGCUCAGGGCGCGCCACCCCGACCUCGCCUACCUCCACCUCAUUGAACCGCGCGCGGAGGGGUACAUGUCGCGUCACGCCGAGGACAUCGAGGCGGGCGAGUCGAACGACUUUCUGCGGGCGAUCUGGGCGCCAAAGCCGUUCAUCUCCGCUGGCGCGUACACGCGAGAGACGGCGAUCAAGACGGCGGAGGAGAAGGGCGACAUUAUUGCGGUUGGGCGAUACUUCAUCUCCAACCCAGACCUGCCGUUGCGCUGGCGGCAGAACCUCCCGCUCACGGAGUACAACCGCGACACGUUCUACCUCAGGGGUGACGCGAGCCCAACGGGAUACACCGACUAUCCGUUUACGGCGCAGGCAGCGGGGAAGUG